AUGGCCACAGGGAAACACUCGUUGGUGGAUGAAGAUGAGCAACUUGCAAGAGAGUAUGAUAGUUGGGAACUCACCGCCUCACAAAAUGGCAAGUACAUAUGGGACUGGAGAUUUAUAUGGUCAUGGAUAUAUAUGCAUGGAGGAGGAAAUGUAUAUGCACGUGGAGAUAUUUAUUAUCCUAAACCGAUUGCCUUUUCAAUGGAUUUCAGUCAUCCGAUUUCUGAGUACGAGCUGAAACCAAGCUCUUCCAAAUACGAGAGGACUGAAGAAAGGACCGAGAUCUCAAUACGAGAGGAAGCUUGGUGA